UCUUAUGUUUUAUGGGUUACAGGUUUACCCCUCUACAACAUCAGAGAGGAUCCCUUGAAAGACUGGAAACAGAAGAGAAAGCAGCCCUACUAGAUUUGUGUCUACAAGCAGCACUAGAUCACAGAGAAACGCUCCAGAGAACUGUGAACACACUGCUGUCAAUGUUCUCUGUGUAUCAAACUGAGAGAUAUGACAUCCUGCUGGAUCUGUACUCUCAUGUGAAGUACAAUAGGAAUCAAACAGCCAGGAGUGUCCUUCCAUCAUUGAAGCCACUUUACCAGUCAGCCAGUCAUGUAGUCUGGUCCAUAGACCUCUCAGAGAGAAAGGCCUCCCUCCUCCUAGAAGUGCUGAAACUCCAACCAGAGAAGAAACCAGUAGAGCUGAAGGGCUGGUCAGAUGAAGAGAGUGAAGUGAGGAGUUUCCUUCAGUGUCUGCCCUACAUCUCACAGCUGAGAUUUCCUCCACUGAAGGAUAAUCUAGAGAGGAGAAAGAGAGAGAAGACAUUCCUACUGGAUCUGUGUCUUCAAGCAGCUCUCCAUGAGAGAGGAACCAUACAAACAACUGUAGAGAAAGUGUUGUCCCUGUCUGAAGUAUAUCACAAUCAGAAAGAUGUUUUCCUGCUGGAUCUGUACUCACAUGUGAAGGACUAUGAGACUCAAACAGGCAGGAGUGUCCUUCCAGCAUUACAGCCAGUUUACCAGUCAGCUCCUGCAGUCUGGUCCAUAGACCUCUCAGAGAGAAAGGCCUCCCUCCUCCUAGAAGUGCUGAAACUCCAACCAGAGAAGAAACCAGUAGAGCUGAAGGGCUGGUCAGAUGAAGAGAGUGAAGUGAGGAGUUUCCUUCAGUGUCUGUCCUACAUCUCACAGCUGAGUUUCUGUCCACGGAGGUCUGAUCCCUCAAAGCGGAUCAAGUUCCUGGUGGAUCUCCUGUCUCAAGCAGCAGAGUGGGAGGAGCAGACAGGAGAGAAGACACUGAAGCUGGUAUCAUCAGUGUGUACUUACAACACCUUUCCUUUUCCCAAUGGAGACAAUUCUGAACAGAGUGAUUUCCUGCUGGAUCUGUACUCACAUGUGAAGGACUAUGAGACUCAAACAGGCAGGAGUGUCCUUCCAGCAUUACAGCCAGUUUACCAGUCAGCUCCUGCAGCCUGGUCCAUAGACCUCUCAGAGAGAAAGGCCUCCCUCCUCCUAGAAGUGCUGAAACUCCAACCAGAGAAGAAACCAGUAGAGCUGAAGGGCUGGUCAGAUGAAGAGAGUGAAGUGAGGAGUUUCCUUCAGUGUCUGUCCUACAUCUCACAGCUGAGUUUCUGUCCACGGAGGUCUGAUCCCUCAAAGCGGAUCAAGUUCCUGGUGGAUCUCCUGUCUCAAGCAGCAGAGUGGGAGGAGCAGACAGGAGAGAAGACACUGAAGCUGGUAUCAUCAGUGUGUACUUACAACACCUUUCCUUUUCCCAAUGGAGACAAUUCUAAACAGAGUGAUUUCCUGCUGGAUCUGUACUCACAUGUGAAGGACUAUGAGACUCAAACAGGCAGGAGUGUCCUUCCAGCAUUACAGCCAGUUUACCAGUCAGCUCCUGCAGUCUGGUCCAUAGACCUCUCAGAGAGAAAGGCCUCCCUCCUCCUAGAAGUGCUGAAACUCCAACCAGAGAAGAAACCAGUAGAGCUGAAGAGCUGGUCUGAUGAAGAGAGUGAAGUGAGGAGUUUCCUUCAGUGUCUGCCCUACAUCUCACAGCUGAGAUUCUAUCCACGGAGGUAUGAUCCCUCAAAGCGGAUCAAGUUCCUGGUGGAUCUCCUGUCUCAAGCAGCAGAGUGGGAGGAGCAGACAGGAGAGAAGACACUGAAGCUGGUAUCAUCAGUGUGGACUUACAGCACCUUUCCUUUCUGUGAUGAUGAUGAUGAUGAGAUCAAGGAAUAUCAAUGUGAUUUCCUGCUGGAUCUGUACUCACAUGUGAAGGACUAUGAGACUCAAACAGGCAGGAGUGUCCUUCCAGCAUUACAGCCAGUUUACCAGUCAGCUCCUGCAGUCUGGUCCAUAGACCUCUCAGAGAGAAAGGCCUCCCUCCUCCUAGAAGUGCUGAAACUCCAACCAGAGAAGAAACCAGUAGAGCUGAAGGGCUGGUCAGAUGAAGAGAGUGAAGUGAGGAGUUUCCUUCAGUGUCUGUCCUACAUCUCACAGCUGAGCUGUGAUGAUGACAGGUUCUUCCAGACUGUGUGUGAAUCCAUCCCUGUGAGGUCCAGAGAGGAGGACCAGCAGUUGGCCUCUCUCCUCCAGGCCUUGGGCUCCACCCUGUCACUGGGAGGAGAGUUACCCAGGAAAACCUGCAGGUCUGUGGGGAGAGUCCUGGGUCUCUGUGCCUCCAGAGUGGACCUCACUCUCACCCCCAGCAAGAUCUCUCUCCAAGGAGCCUUACUUCUUUUGAGACAUGAGUCAAAGCUCCACAAGCUCAGGCUGAAUGUGGGUAUGGCAGUGAAACUGUCCAGACUGGUUAUGAGGACAGAGAGAGGUGCUACUCCUCGGACUGUCCCAGAACUCUCCCUGGUCCUAAAGAGCAGCCAGCCACCAGAGAGAGUGUUAUCCAGGGCUCUGAGUAGUGUGGCGUCCCUGCUGAGACUCUGGAGGGUUCAGUGUCUGGACCUGACUGACUUCUGGAUCCAGGGUCACUCUCUCAUCACACUGCUGUGUCACCAGGGACCUCUCUCUCUCAGACUGAACUCAGACACUCUGCAGCAGCUGACUGUAGUUGUGUAUGAAGCUCAGGACAAGGACUUGACUCAGUGGUUCCUGGAGAAGGUUGGUGGAGACCUGACCUCCUGCAGGCUGGACUGGGAAGUGCUUCUCUCUCUGCUGCAGCAUUCAACCCACAAUAUCACUGUGGACCUCAGGAAGAACAGGCUUCUAGAGAAGAACAUCUCAGAUCUUCUCCCCUUUCUGGGAAGAGUUACUCUCAAGAGGUCCAGUUCCAGCUUUGUAAAGUCCUCCAUCAGACAGAUCUAUGACAGUAGAGCCAGUGACUGUGUGUCCAGUUUGUUGAGGUCUUCAGACCAUUGGAUCAACCUGAACAGCAGAGAGCUGGACAGAGUGGACUGUACUGCUCUGUGUUUUACCCUGCAGCACAGCCACCAAGUCAAAGUCAACCUGCUGUGGACCUCCAUACCACCGGGGGAGAUAGAGAGCAUCCUGCCUCUUCUGGACAGAGUCUCCCAACUCAGUGUUGACAGGAGGUUACUGCUGAGUUUCCUCCAGUGCUGUGCUGCCUCUCAGAUCCAGCAGGGGGCACCACCACCACCAACAGCAGUAUGGCUGCUCAGGUCUCUGCACUACAGGCUGGACUUCUCCUGCUCCUCCUCUGUGGACCUGUCAGCUCAGGACCAGGAGAAGGCUCUGUGUCUGACCACUGACCACUGCAGGGCCAUCAGCUCUGUUCUGAAGCAGAACCAACACAGCACCCAGCUGGUCCAGAACCAGGUCCAGCUCAUCCUAAGAGACUGUGAGGUGGAGGACAGAGCACUGAGGGAGCUGCUUCCCAUCCUGCAUAUUGUCAAGCUGAGCCCCAGCAAAGCUCUGCUACUUCAGCUGCUGGACCUUGUGUGUGAGGGGAUUGAAGAGGGGCUGCUGAGGCACACAGAGUCCCUGUGCAGAGCCCUGGAUGGGGAGCUGGACCUCAGUGAGACCAGGCUGGACCAGAAGGCCUGUGGAUCUCUGGCCCUGGUUCUGGAACACUCAGAGGGUCUGUCAGAACUGGACCUCAGCCACUGUCAACUCACAGACCACCACCUACAGCCCCUGAUCACACACCUGCAUAAAGUACAAGUCCUGGACCUGAGUCACAAUGACAUCACUGAUGCUCUGACUGACAGAAUUCUCCAACUGGUCUCUACCAACACUUCAUUACACACCGUACGACUCUUCAACAACAGAAUCCAGGACAGAAGACCUUUCCUGACAGACAAGAGGUUUGAGAUCUGGUAAAACAUCAGGUCUUAGAUGGACAUAGUAGUUUCAAGAGUAGUAGGCAAGGCCCAGUUCUGUGACAGAGGACAUGGUUAGGAAGGCCCCAAUCACUCUCUCUCUCUCUCUCUCUCUCUCUCUCUCUCACACACACACACACACACACACACACACACACACACACACACAAAGAAGGUUCAGUCUCACCCACCACGUGGAACUCAAAGAAGAAUGAACAUUCUGAGAGAAUUGACAUUGAUUAAA